UAUUUACUAAAGCUUUUUCCAUCAAAGCCAACUGCCCACAAGUGACUUAAAAACUCCAGAAAUGGAAUUUGCUUUUCAGAAAACGAAAGUAGAUAUCUGAUUUCUUUCUUGGGAAACCAAGCAAGUUAUUCAAACAAAGAAAGAGAGAAGGAGCCAGGAGAGGAUCUGAGGAAGGAGGAGUCGGUCUCCAUGCCUGACUCAGAGCAUAUUUUCUUGUUUCUUCCUUCUAUCUUAUCUCUGAUUCUGGUCUUCAUACUCAUCAAGAGAAAGCAAAGGAGAUUCAAUCUUCCACCAGGGAACAUGGGGUGGCCUUUUGUCGGAGAAACAAUCGGUUACUUGAAGCCUUACUCUGCUAUAUCAGUAGGAGAAUUCAUGCAACAGCACAUAUCAAGGUAUGGGAAUAUCUACAAAUCAAAUUUGUUUGGCGAGAAAACAAUAGUCUCUGCCGAUGCUGGGUUGAACAAGUUCAUAUUACAAAACGAAGGAAGAUUAUUUGAGUGCAGCUAUCCAAGAAGUAUUGGUGGCAUUCUUGGGAAAUGGUCGAUGUUGGUUUUAGUUGGAGACAUGCACAGAGACAUGAGAAUUAUAUCACUAAACUUCUUGAGCAACGCCAGGCUGAGGACUCAUCUGUUGAGAGAAGUAGAGAAGCAUACCUUGCUUGUUCUGAGUACUUGGAAAGAGAACUGUAAAUUUUCAGCUCAGGAUGAAGCAAAAAAGUUCACUUUCAAUUUGAUGGCAAAAAAUAUUAUGAGUAUGGACCCUGGACAUCCUGAAACUGAGCAGCUCAAGAAAGAAUAUGUUACUUUCAUGAAAGGAGUUGUUUCAGCUCCUUUAAAUUUACCUGGAACUGCUUAUAGAAAAGCCUUACAAUCUCGAUCAACUAUUCUGAAAUUUAUUGAGAGAAAAAUGGAAGGGAGGAAAAGGAAAAUGGAGGAGGGAGAAGAAAAUAUUUCAAUGGAAGAUGAUCUUCUUGAAUGGGUUUUGAAGGAUUCAAAUCUUUCGACAGAGCAAAUCCUUGACUUGAUUCUGAGCUUGCUUUUUGCUGGACAUGAAACUUCAUCUGUAGCCAUAGCCUUAGCCAUCUACUUCUUGCCAGGUUGUCCCAUGGCCAUUCAACAGUUGAGAGAAGAACACCUUGAAAUUGCCAGAGCCAAGAAGCAAUCAGGGGAGAUAGAACUCAACUGGGAUGAUUACAAGAAAAUGGAAUUCACACAAUGCGUUAUCAGUGAGACACUUAGGCUUGGAAAUGUUGUCAGAUUUCUCCACAGAAAAGCUCUCAAAGAUGUUCGGUAUAAAGGGUAUGAUAUUCCAUGUGGCUGGAAAGUGCUUCCGGUGAUUGCAGCUGUGCACUUGGAUCCCUGUCUUUUUGACCAACCUCAACACUUCAAUCCGUGGAGAUGGCAGCAAAAUAAUGGUAAUCGUGGGACGACGUCGUCUACUUCAUGCCCGACCACGACGACAAGCAGCAAUCACUUCAUGCCAUUCGGGGGAGGACCACGGCUAUGUGCAGGAUCUGAACUGGCUAAACUGGAAAUGGCCGUUUUCAUCCACCAUUUGGUCCUCAACUACCAGUGGGAGUUAGCUGAUAAUGAUCAAGCCUUUGCCUUCCCUUUUGUCGACUUCCCUAAAGGCUUACCCAUCAGAGUCUUAAAACCUUAAAAAGGGACAUCUCAACCGCUUGGUUAGUACGUGUUGCAUAUAAUAGAUAUAUAGGCAUUUGAACCAAAGCUAAGCUACUAUCAUCAAUGGACAUUGAUCAUCUGGAUUGUACGUCGGAGACGCGAUGAUGGCGGCUUUUGUAGUUUCCAACGUUUUAGUUGUUUGACGUUUAUAUAUACAAUUUAUAUA